AUGAAUGUUGCUGAGAAGGAGAUCUUAAGAGCCGAUAAUGUUCACGAAGCUGCACAAGAGAUGUUCAAAAUAAUUCAGCUCAGGGGCCGCAUAUUCUGCCUUGAUUGUUGGGAUGGAUUUGGGGCCUCUGCUGUUCUUAGAUACAUGGCGGCAAUGCUUCCAUCCAGGAGAAACAUUCCGGAACUAUGCUUUGACAGAAUAAUUUUCAUAGAUUGCUCAAAGUGGAAUAACAGGAGAGCGGUGCAGAGAGCAAUUGCACAGGAACUGACACUUGACCGCUCUAUAAUGGCUACUCUAGAUAAGCAAGACGAAGAGGAUGAUUUUAAGGGAAUUGGUGAAAGCUCGAGGAAUGAGAUAGGCAGUGUUGCACAAGUGAUUGAGCAAACCCUGACUGGCACCAAAUUUAUGAUGUUUUUUCUCAAUGGAAGUGAUGACGAGGUUGACAUUGGUUCGUUUGGCAUUCCUCUUACAAGGUUUGGUAAAAACAUGAUGAUAUGGACCUUCAACAGGUGCUGCUUGACAAUGCAUCGCCAUGUUGACCGUCUUUCGAUAUCAAGCAAUCUAAGAUAUACUCAUGUUUUCAUAUAUUCAUUCCGGGGAGCUCGCUCAUUAAUAGCUUAUGAGUUUCAAGAACUACUUCAUCAACAAUGUGCCACCAUAGUUGCUCGAAGUCCAUCUAUGCUAGACAUCAACCCUACAAUGGUUAAAGAAUGUUGCCUCUAUGGGUUAUUUCUUCAUUAUAUUUUUCACAUUUCCACCAAACUUGAUUGGAUCGCUCAUGCUUCCAACUAUUGGAUAUGUGAUGCAAUCAUACAAGGGGACAAAGCAAGGGAUGUUAGUAACACAUUGCAUGGAGAGAUAAAUUGGGAGGGUGAUGCUACUGUGAUUGAUGAGGUGCUUCAGAUGCUCAUGAAAUAUUUUGAGCAUUUAUUUCUGGUAGUUAAAGAUGAUGAUGUCUAUAAGGAAGGGUCAUACCGUUGGAUUUCAGUCACAUCAAAAAAUAUGGAAAUAUGUGGUAUGCAAACUAUUCCUGCAGUGACGUCAUCUCUGUUUUUGGCAUUUGAAAGAUCCGAUCACCCACCAACUCUGCAAAAAGGCUUCUUUGAACAUUCCAACAAGCUUGGUGUGCUAGUUCUCUGUUUCUGUGCCUUCAAUUUUGCAUCACCUCCUUUUCACCAUUGUCAGAACCUCAGAUUCCUUGGAUUGGACCAUUGUACACGUAGCAAAACAUGUGAAGCAGAUAAUCAUCAAGAGUGGGCAUGCUUGUAUAAUCUUUUGGUGCUGGACCUACGCUACACAGAGUGGGAUAAUAUCUUAUCUGAGGAGAAAAUGGAUCUUAUGAAAAGCAUCACAGAACUAAAUAUAGAAGGAGUCAGAUGUUGGCGGUACACAGCUCAGUUACAAGGGAGGCUGCCUAACCUUGAGAGACUCCGAAUAAUCAAACCAACUUGUCAGCAUGAGACAUCAAAUGAUGUUGAUAACUCCUUCACAGAUAAGAAAAGUAUGAAAAUACUAGAUUUUUCAGGCAACUCUGACAUGAAAACUCUUCCAACAAGUCUAUCAAAGGCGAGCAGGCUUCAGAUGCUCAUACUUGAUGGUUGUGAUGGACUGGAAAGCAUUGUUGCCUCUGGUCUGCUUCCUCCUUCUCUCAAGACCUUUAGCUUUGAUGGCUAUGGGCCAACUCGCCAGAGGACAUCAACUGUUGAGCUACCUCCGAAAGAUUUCCGUCCACCUCCCAAUGAAGAGAAGAAGGGUAUCUCUACAUCGAGGAUCUCCCUGGUAGGCUGCACACAAUUGGAUAAUCUGUUCUUGCGUGGGUUACCCAACCUUGUGGAACUGGAUCUCUCCGGAACUGCGAUCAAGAAGCUUGACUUCAAGACUAUGGUGGUGCAGGUCCCAAGGCUCAAGCGGUUAUUUCUAAUAGGAUGCAAGCACCUUCGUGCAAUCAUUUCUUUGGAGAAGAUUGAUCAUCUUGAGUUAGUGUGCAUAGACACGCGAGCUGGAAUCGUGUGUCCGUAUCCUACCAUUGACAAGCAUAAAUCCUUCCAGUUGCAUGUGCAUGCUGUCCUUGCGGAUGCGAGGAUUACUCACUCCUUGAGGGAACUUGGAUGGGGUCCAAAGGAAGAUGUAACUUUCAAUAUCCACAUCACCUCCUCGCCUGUUCAAUUUGAAGCAACUAGCAAGGAUAAAGUUGGUCCAAGUGAUCAAGAGAACCCGCAACAGCUUAUUCGUCUAGCAAGCCGAUACAGUGAUGUCCUGAGGAUGGUUGGCGAUCCCCUGGUACAAGUUUUUCUGCCACCAGCAGCGACUCCAAAGUUGGAUCGACAUAUAGAGAUUUCUCAAGGGAGGUGCCACAUGGAGAGACAUCUCAAGGAAUCACUAGAUUCAUUCAUGGGAUUGUAUGCUGAAUCCCUGCACUUCCAUGACGUCUCCACACGUGCUAUUACUCCUCAAGGUCAUAAUCCUAAUCUGUGGAAAUACCUUAGGUGGUGCUGCGUGGAGAGGUGCCCCAAGUUGAAUACCUGCUUCCCUUUGCGUUCGCAUGAGUAUAUGGCAGGCUUGGCAGGCUGGUGGAUGACCAAUUGGUUAAGUAAAAUAGACCCUAAAGGCUUCAGUAAUCUGCAGCACCUACACUUGUGCUUUUGCCCCAGCCUCCAGUUCGUGCUCCCCAUGCGGUUUUGGUCCUUGCCCAGCUUGGAAACCCUCUACAUCAUCCACUGCGGCGGUGAUCUCAACCACGUCUUCAUGCAGGACGAAAUGGUCCAAACAGGAAUAGGCAGAAAUCGCCCCCGCAUUUUGCCAUGCCCGAAGCUGACCACCAUCCACCUGCACGACCUCCCAAAGCUGCAGAAGAUAUGCGAGGUCAGCUUGUUGGCACCAGCGCUCCAGACCAUCAAGAUCAAGGGGUGUUGGAGCUUACGCCGGUUGCCAUCUGUGAGGGGCAGAAGCCCAGGCGAGAAGAAGCCGACCAUCGAGAUCGAGAAGGACGUGUGGGACGCCCUGGAGUGGGACGCCGACCACCUCCCCGACCAAUUUGAGACGCCGGUCCACUCGCGCUACUACAAGGAGAAGCUGCCCAGGGUCUCCGUCCUCAGUAGGUGA